AUGGUUGAAAUAAAAGAUAAAGAAAUUAAUAAUAAUAAUAAUUAUAGUAAAAAAAUUAUAUUAGCCGUUGGUGGUGUUACAGUUGGUAGUAUCUUUGGAUAUGCAUUACAAAAAGGUAAUGUUUAUUUACCAAGUGUAAUUCAAGGACAAAUGAAUUUUACCAAUUUUACAAUGUUAAAAAUGUUUAUGACAGCAUCUUUAACAUCAUCAUUGGCAAUAACAUUUUUAAAAUCUCAAAAAUUAAUUGUACUUGAAAAGUCUUCAACAAUGUAUAAAAGAAAUAUAAUUGGUGGAUUUAUAAUGGGAUCUGGUAUAUCAUUGACUGGUGCAUGUCCAGGCACUGUUUUAGCUCAAAUACCACAAAUCAAUGGUACUUUAUGGACUUUAUUGGGUGGUGUUGUUGGUGCAACUCUAUUUGGUUUUGUCAAUAGUUACAUUUCAAAAUUAUUACCAUCAACUCAACCAACUUCAAAAUCCUCAACCACUGUUUAUGAGAAAUUUAAGAUUUCAAUGUCAAAAGCAACAAUACCAUUCUCAAUUAUGAUUGCACUUGUACUCUAUUUAAUUGAAUCUAAAUUUCCAUGGCAAGUUGAUAGUGGUGUAUCAAAGAGUAUCUCAAUAUUUGGUUCUAUCAGUGAGAGUAAAGUUUGGUCACCUUAUGUUGCUGGUAUCACUAUUGGCUUAUUACAAAUCCCAAGUUUCUUGAUUUCAAAUACGGGUUUAGGUUGUAGUUCUGCAUAUGUUACAGUUGGCUCAAAAGUUUGUAAUGCCGUUAGUUGUACCGUAGAUUACUUUAAAAGUUUUAAUACAACCGUUCGUUCAAUUUAUGGUCCACUAUUAAAUUUAGGUAUCAUUGGUGGUGCUUAUUUGGCUUCUCGUUCAAAUCCUGCUCCUUUAAUUGAACAACUCAAUAAUCAAUCAACUCUAAAUCACUUUUUAGGUGGUUUUGUUUUAUUAUUUGGUGCUCGUCUUAAUGGUGGAUGUACUUCAAAUGGUUUAACCUCGAUGGGUAAAUUAGAAUUUAGUAGUUUCGUUACAAUGGCCUCAAUGUUUGCUGGAGGUGUUUUAACCUCUUAUUUUUUGAAUAAAUAA